CGUCAAAUCCCCCUUCCCCCUACAAAAAGAACGCGACCAAUGCGCUCAAAGUAGUCAUGUGAUGAUCAAGGCCUGGUCGCUCAAAAGGUUCCACAAGCACUCUCCUUCGCGCCAUUCCUUUCAUCCCAACUCUCUCGUCAUUCACCACUUCCAACGAUCCUAGCAAUGGCAGACUCUUCACGAGAGACCCAGCCCUUGUUGACUAACAGCACCAGCGGGAGCCCUAACGAGGACCGCCGAUCAAGGUUCCGCAAGGUCUUUCCUUAUGGUCUGAUCGCGCUGCUCUUUAUCGGCAUCAGUACCAUCCUCUUGAUUGUUCUUGUCAAGCCUCACGAUGGCGGGCCUCACAAUGACCCUAAAAAGUCGCCUCUGUCCGAACACUUGGUGACCCCCGCCAUCUUCAAGCACUUGGAAGAACUCUACGCGAUCGCACUGAAGAACAACAACUCGCGCUCCGUGACCAAUGGCUACAUGGCCUCUGCAGAGUAUGUCCAACACCAACUUAGAUUGAAGGCUAGAGAGUACUGUCAUGUCUCUACUCAAGAAUUCAAGGUCCCUGUGUGGUCUGAACUCGAGGCGCCGGAGCUGAGCAGUACGGGUAUCGGCGCUGCAGGCGGAUACAUUCAAUACCAGAACAAAGUUGACUUCCAGAAUUUCAGAUACGGUGGACCUUCCGCUACACUCAAGAAGCAGGAGAUCCAUGGAGUUGCUAACCAUGGAUGCAGUGCUAGCGACCACAAGAGGGUCAAGGGGAAGAUUGCAGUGAUUGAGGAAGGUGGUCCGUGCGACCUCUGGAGCGCUGCUUACCUUGCAGAGAAGGCUGGGGCAAAGGCCAUUUUGUUCUACAAUAACCCCAAGCGCAAGGCCUUGCUCUAUUCGCGCAUUCGCAUCACUGCCUGGAAGGAAGGAGAUCCCCUGAUCUCCAUUCCAGUUCUCUCUAUCACCAACUCUUUUGGGUCAACACUCCUUCAAAACCAGGACACUGCGCAGUUGACUCUCAGGACUGUCAACAAGCAGACCAUCGAAUCGACCAUCAACGUACUCUGCACCACUCACGGAGGUGAUGAAGACGACACCAUUGUGUUGGGCGCGCAUUUGGACUCUGUUCCUGAGGGACCAGGUAUGGUCGACAAUGGUUCAGGAGCAACAUCUUUAUUGGAAAUUGCGCUCGUGAUGGCUAAGGCCAAGUAUCGCUUGAAGAACAAAGUUGUAUUUGGAUGGUGGGGCGCGGAGGAGAUCGGAUUGCUGGGAUCGCGACACUUUGUGCGCGAGCUGGUCAAGGAUGAGGAGAAGAAGAAGCAGGUCGCAAUGAACAUGAACUUUGACAUGUUGGCCAGUCCCAAUUAUGUUCCCUAUGUCCAUGACGGCAAGACAGCUCCUAAGGAGCUGGUCGGUCCUUCUUCAAGGAUUGAUCACCUCUUGAUUGAGUACUUUGAUUAUGAGAAUGAGGGCUACGAAUACACGGAUAUGGUUGCAGGCAGUGACUUUUUGCCGUUCCUGCUGGAGAACAUCCCUUCCGGUGGUUUGCUCACAGGUGCCGGUGAGAAGAAGACCAUGGAGCAGCGUACACACUUUGGAGGAUUCGCAAACGCACCUCUGGAUCCUUGCUAUCACCAGAGCUGCGACACUCUUGACAAUGUCAGCAAGGAGGCAUUGAAGCUGAUGUCCCAGGCUGCGCUAUAUGCGAUCACCAAGCUAGGCAAAGCCGAGAACCUGCGCGAGUGGUUGGCGGAUGCUAAGGUGGAGUUGCGCUGAGCAGAUAGGAAGGUGGAAAGAAGAAGAACGUACAUGUUCAAUUGUAUAGCUACCGGACGUGGGUAUGUUCACUUCCCACGGUUCCUACAUUUUACAAUGAAUAAAGCGCUUUAUCUAUGUUCACCCACA